AUCGGAUUAUAUACUAAAGUGAUUUAACUGACCGUUUAAGGGAUUAUUAAUUAAGGCUAUCCAAAUCCAAUCGGACUAGAAAGUGUAAAAGUGACAGACUGAGUAUUUAAACAAUUCGAAGUUUUUAGUUUGGUUGACAGUGGAUUUAGGCAUGGUGCGUGCAAUUCGGUAGUGUAGGUUAAAGAUGAGUGCUAAAAUGUUUGUGGUUUUACUCAAGAUUGGUUGUUUACUGGUCGGCAUCGUUUCGGCAUUUAAUUUUGAAAAUGGUGGAGAGUGUCGCACUGCCUUGGGCAUGGAGGAGGGCAGGAUUCCAGACCACGCGAUCUCUGCUAGCUCAUCGUAUGAGGCCAAAAGUGUGGGACCACAAAAUGCAAGGAUAAGGCAGGAAAAGAACGGUGGAGCUUGGUGCCCCAAGGCGCAGAUAAGCAGCGAGGUGCGCGAGUACCUCGAGGUGGACCUGCAGAAGAACCACCUGAUGACGUGGACCGAGACCCAGGGCCGUUUCGGAAACGGUCAGGGCCAGGAAUACGCUGAAGCCUUUUUGGUCGAGUACUGGCGACCCAGUCUCAACCAAUGGGUCACCUACAAAGAUUCAAGAGGAGAAAAAGUUUUAACUGGAAACAGCAAUACUUACCUUGUAGUAAGGCAACGCCUAGAACUGCCUUUUGUAGCUAGCAAAGUCAGGUUUAUACCAUACAGCGAACAUCCAAGAACAGUUUGCAUGAGGGUGGAACUAUAUGGGUGCGCAUGGGAACAAAACAUGAUUAAAUACGACGUGCCACGUGGUGAAGCCCGCGAACCGGACAUAGAUCUAGAAGACGUCAGCUACGACGGCAUCCUAGAUGGUAAUUACAUGAAAGGCGGUCUAGGCCAACUAGUGGACGGUCUAUAUGGUGAUGACGACUACCAAAGACAAUUGCAAGGGGAAAAUUCAGGAAGUCGAUGGGUCGGUUGGAAUAAUGACACCAGGGAUGGAGAACCCUUGGAAAUAAUUUUUGAAUUUGACGCCAUCAGGGAAUUUACAGCAGUCCAUCUUCAUGCUAACAACAUGUUUACUAGAGGAGUACAGAUUUUUACACUAUGCGAAGUUUGGUUCAGUCUGGAUGGCGAGCGGUAUCAACCUUCGCCUGUCAUAGCGGUCAUUCCGGUGGACCGAACCAGGGAAUCGGCUAGAAACAUCACCGUUCAGUUGAGAGGCAGGCCUGCCAAAUUUAUAAAACUACGACUAACGUUCCCCGACAAAUGGAUCCUGCUCAGCGAGAUAUCCUUUGAAACUGCUUCCCUGACAAACAACUUAACCGAAGACGUUCUGGAUAAAUACUACCUUCUCCCCGAAAUAAUAGCUUCGACCACUUCACCAGUUCAAAAAGGCGAAACAACCCACGCCCGAAAAGAAGUGACGCCCGCUAGCAGCCCCACCAGCAGCGCCCAGGCUUACAUAGGCCUCAUUACGGGAGUAUUAGCAAUGGUGGUGCUGUUACUAGCAUGCACGGUGUUCCUCAUGAUUCGUAGAGGAAGAAAGAAGGUGGCGUUGCUCCACAAACACACCGCAUUGGUGUCUAGCAGCACCAAGCCUACCACGAUAAACAUGAAGGACUUGAAGCACAUCACGACGCCCAUCAUAAACAACGGUUUAUCGAGAUCCAGGCUGUCGGUGAAGAGCAAAGGCAAUACCUUGGGUACUGUGGACAUGAAGAAACAGAAAAAAUGCAAUUUAUACGGACACGUGGCUGGGGAGGAGUCGGACAGCGAAAAUUCAUCGGUGUAUCACGAACCUUACAAACUACUUCCGAAUGGCAAGCAAGAGUACGGAUGUUUGUUGAAGAAAGACGGUGUAACUUCGAGCAAAAGUGGCGAAUAUACAGAUUUCACGAGCGUCAACAGUUUCCAAGACGAGCUGAAAUUCACGUCGCCCUCGUUCUACAACCUGACGCCGCCGCCGCCGCCCACAUCCAGGCCGCCGCCCACCUACGACCCGCAAAACUACCAGACGCCGAACAACGUGGUGUCCAACGGCGGCGGGCCCAAGCCCAACGAGAACUACUACGCCGCCACCGAUAUCAUCAAAGGCGAACGCAGAGAGCAGCACUUCACCCCCGGCCGAUUCACUCCCAUUAAGCUGCCCGAAGGCCCGCCACUGGAAGGAGUCGCCCACCUACUGGAUUUUCCGCGGCACAGGCUUCGGCUGCUCGAAAAGCUUGGCGAAGGGGACUUCGGAAUGGUGCAUUUAUGCGAAGCUGAAGGCCUCCCAGAUUUCAACGGUGGAUCAUCUUUCCAUAAAAAACAAAUCGUGAUUGUGAAAAGUUUAUGGCGAGGUUGUGGAGAUGCCAAAAGGCACGAGUUCCUGCGGGAGACCAGCUGGCUGGCGGGUCUCAGGGACCCGAACUUGGCCCGCGUGGUCGGGCUGUGCAGCCAGGACGAGCCCAUGUGCGCACUGUUGGAGCACUCGGAGCCCGGGGAUCUGCCCCGCUUUUUGGCGCAGAGGGCCGAUCCCGAGGAAGGCAACAAGCUUUCGCCGCCUAUUAGUUAUGGAUGUCUAAUAUACGUAGCAACACAAGUAGCAUCUGGAAUGAAAUACUUAGAAUCUUUAGACUUGGUGCAUAGAGACUUAGCUGCUAGAAAUUGUGUAAUAGAUAAAAGCUUUACCGUAAAAGUGUCAGACCAUGCAAUGUACUGCAACCAAUAUGAUCAGGACUACUACAUUAGUGAUACGAAAGCUAGACUGCCAAUCCGCUGGAUGUCAUGGGAAAACCUACUAUUGGGUCGACAAUCCACGAAAAGCGACGUAUGGGCGUUCGCCGUGACCCUCUGGGAGAUCCUGAUGCUCUGCACGCAGCAGCCUUACGCAGAACUCACCAGCGAACAGGUGGUCGAAAACUGCAACCACUGGUACCAAAACGACGGCUGCCAGCGUUACCUGCCCAGACCGCCGGUGUGCCCGCGAGAAAUCUACGACUUGAUGGGCGAGUGCUGGAAGAGGAACGCGUCCGACCGGCCGCGGUUCGCCGAGAUUCACCUGUUUCUGCAGCGCAAAAACCUAGGCUACAUGCCCAUACCGAAUCAGCAACAAGUCUAGACUGUUAACUCAUUUCGAUGUUUAUUUUAAAAGAUUUUAAUGUUUAAUAUAUUGCAAGGUAGAUUUAAGAGACUGUUAGGAAUAAUCACAUUUUUUACCAUUACGUACUUGACGGAUAAAGUACCCAUUAUUUAAUUUCCCAACUCGAUGUAAACCCAAUUGUGAUAUCGCGCAAACUUAUUGCGCAAAUUAAAUCAUAUCUUUCUAUCAAAUGUCUAAAAAUAUGUAAUUUACAGAAUAUCAACAACCAACACUUUUAAUUUAAUCCCGGCGCAUUCACCAUUUUUACAAUUUUCAAAAUUAUCAAAUUUCCAAAAUUUAAAGAUCCAAAAUUUACAUUUUAAUAAUUUUCUGAAUUCUAAAAAAAUAAUGGAUUCAAAUUAUAACGAAUAAUGGUUUACACAUUUACCUAUAAGCUGACAAAAAUCAAAAAUUCAUUUUAACGUUCAAAAUGUUAACAUUUUUAAUAUUUGAAUAGGUAUUUAAACUGUUUUAGAUUUUUUUAACAUUCCAACGUAUUUUAACAUUUGAAAC